GGGCGGUGUCGCUGCUAUUGACGCAACAGCCGCCAAAAUCAAAAACUUCCAGUGGAAUCGGACCAGGCGCUUACAGAAAAAUAAAGGGAAAGAGUUGCGAAACAUGGAGGGAGCAACCGCGAAAGGUGUUUUGAGUCACCUGAGCCUGCUUGAAGUUCAAGCUCGGAGUCGUAAAGGUCAGCCUCAGCAGCAGAGCCGUGUGAAGGAGCCUCAGCAGCAGAGCCGUGUGAAGGAGCUGAAGGCUAAAGUUGAAGCCCUGAGGAUCCAGAGAGAGCAGCUGAGGGCACAGAUACAGAUACACAAGGACCUCCAGAGACUGAGAUCGCGUAUGAACAAACAGUGUGCAGAUGAAGAAGGGGAGAACAUGGAAGAAGACUUGGAAAACUCAAAACUUUUGCAGCUGAUGGCCAGACAUACUGAGCUGAAAGAUCUUCUACAUGCUCAUCACCUCAUUGGUGGGUAUGACAUCAUAAAGUCUGACAAAGGUAAAGGAGUGUGUGUAUCUAUCGCAACGGCUUAUGAGGGCGUCUUCUUAGACACGUUUAACCUGGAGAUUGAUUUGAAGCCAAUGGUGAAGAUUAGUCGCCACAACAUCCCCCCCUUUAUUCCGGUCAACGGCCUCGCUGAACAGAACAACAUGCAGACAGACAUGACGGCGUUUCUGGACAUGCUCAGUCAGCAUCUCAACGCCUUUGCAGGUCGCAAGCAGCAGCUGAAGCUUGUUCAGGAGCAACACAAGUCAGUCGAGGUGAUGGAGAGUAACGUUUUGUGUUCAGUACUAGUGCUGUUAUUCACUCUGCCGAGAGAAAAGACGGCUGUGCUCUGCACACUGGACUACACAGAUCACACCAGAUGUCUCCCCACACGAGUCCACUUUGAAAGUGAAGACAAGCAGCUUUCUGAUUCUCCAGAAUGGAAGAAAAACUGGAGCUUACUUAUGGAGACUCCUGUGCACAAAGCUUUACUAACCAUGAAGGAAAUGGGAAACAUUGUUUAAUUCAUUCAGUAAUAUGUAUAAAAUUAGCUUUUUGUUGCAUUUUGAUAUACAUACUCAUAGUUCAUGAUGAACACCUUCAGUUUGGUUUUUAAGGUUCUGAGUUGCGAGAGAGUAAAAUCUCCAAACUUUCAAGUUCCUCUAUGGAGGUUCCAUAACUUCAUCCAUGCUGUCGUUAUCUUUCAACUUCUCUAUAAAUGCUGUCACCCUCUUGUGUAAAGUCUCUCUCUGAAGCAGCCUCAGCCUCUCGAUUUCCUCUUGGGCUUCCUGCUGUUGCCUGGCCAGUUCUUUUUCUGAUAUUGAGUCAAUAGUUGCAAUUUUUUUCAUCUGCAUAAGUGACAGGUUGCUUUGGAUGUUGCCUCUGUGUCUCACUGAACUUGUGGGUUUAAUUGACAGUGGGGGUGCUGAUAUGGACCGACCCCGCUCCACGAGUUCAGAUCCUAUAUAGGAGUUGCUAGAACGCAGUCUUCCAUGAGAUGUGGAAAUCCCCCUGCAGAAGUGUGUCUCUGCGUUUUUGUACUCGUCAAUUUCUUUCAGAGCAAUGCUGAGUGUAGCUUUUGGUUCGCAGACUUGUACCAUCGCCACUCGUCUUGUUUCAUGGAUCAGUUUGUCCCUUCUCUGUUGAAGCAUUUUCCGGGUGUAUCUGUGCUGUUUGUCUAACAUGUUCAGUUUGUGCUGCAGAUCUCGGUCCUCCUUUUGGUUCAGCACUCUCAGCACUCCUUGACGUUCAGGUCCUCUGUAGAUUUGCUCCAUUAUAUCCAAGAACUAGAGGGAGGAAAGCAUUUCUGAGCCCACUGUUUUGCUUUUGUUUUUAAAUUAAAGCCAAAAAGAGAAAUUUUAUUACCUGAUUUUUUUUUCUUUUUCUUUUGUGCACUGUUCCAUUGAGGGCAGUCCAACAGGUAUAUUUGCUGCCAUGGCUGUCUCAGCAUAUGUAAUAUAAUAGCCUAUUGUAAAGUGUCCAGUGAAAGGGGCUGUUGGUCAAUGCAAGUGUGCAGUAAUUGUUCAUCAACACAUUCCGUAGAGAUUUAGUUUCAGCACAGUCAGUGUUUCUCAUAUAUUACACAACUAAUAAAUAUGACUGUGUUAAGUACUUCUCUGAUUUUAAGCAGUUUCUGUUUCACACACUUCACUAUUUAGAAUGUAGUUUGUGAUAAAGGUGAUGUACUAAUUUUAAUCAUAAUAAAAAUUAAUUGUAAAUGUA